AUGAGUAAAGGAACAGUUUUACUUUUAAAAGAAAGAAAAUCUUCUGACGAUAAUUCUUUUCAAAUUUCUGACGAAUAUGAAACCAAAUUCUCUUCAUUCACUUAUAAAUGCAUAUUUCUGCCGGUGUUAUCACAUGAUCUAUUAAAUAUAGAAGAGUUGACAAAGAUAUUAAAAGAUGGUCCUGAAAAAAAAUAUUGGGGGUUUGUGGUUACUAGUCAAAGAGCUAUUGAAGGUUUAAAACUUGCUUGGAACAAAGCUUUUAAAGCUAAUUGUGAAUCAUUUACUAUUGAUCAAGAAAAGAUAACAACAUUAUGGAAGAAUUUACCAUUUUUUGUAAUUGGUAAAGCAACUUCUGAAGCGAUGAAAGAUUUAAAAUUUAAUAAUAUCUUAGGUGAUAAACGACGUGAUGAACUUCCAUCAAAAUUAUCUCAAGCUGAUAUUAAAUUAGAUGAACUUUUGGUUUAUGAAACAAAACAACGGGAAGAUUUUUUGAUAGAACUUGAUAAAAUCAUCAAAGAACAUAAAAAAAUAAAUUGGGUGAUAUUUUUUAGUCCUAGUGGAGUAGAUGUGGCAUUAAAUAAUCUUCAAAAAUUAGAAAUUUGGAAUGAAAUAAAAGUUGCAACUAUUGGGAAAACCACAGGAAAUUAUUUAGUAACUAAAGGCAUAAAGAUUCAUGUGAUCUCCCCAAAGCCAGAACCAGAAAUAUUAGUACAGAGUAUUGACAAUUAUGAAAUUUCUUUACAUUCUACUUAUUAA